AUGCAUCCUCUUCUGCCUUCGUCCUCCCUGGAAGGAUUGGAGCAGGUUAUUCCCCCGGAGCCCAACUCACCUAAGAUAUACAUACCAAGAUGGAAGCUCGACAAACCACUCCCUAGCCCGCCAAAGAGAAGUUCCGGCUCUUCCUCCGCAGACGAGCAGUAUCUCAGCAGCGCCAGAUACCAGCGUCCUAAUGAUGGAUAUCGUGAGAGUGCAGUAUAUAAAAGAAACCCGGGGCCUGCCCAUGCUCACUCCGUGGAUGAGCUGCGGUUACUUUAUAGACAGCGAUCACCGGUUCCUCGUUCACCCGGAUGGAGGAGACAAGACAGAGACCAUCUUUCCAGCCCAGCAAAACGCGCACGCCAUUCGACGGAUCCGGUAUUCCAGACGUGUAAUGGAGGAUUGGUGAGGGCUUCAACAAGACUUGAGGACAGCAGGUCGCAUGAUGAUAGGGAAACACCGAAAAGGGGUUCUUCUUCGGAUAUGCCGAGACGGGGUACUGAAAGCCUCAGAAUACGAGCAAAGGGUAUUGACGAACAAGUCAGCAAGGGAGAGAAUGACCAGCUGGUGGUUGAGUCUCCGAGGACUGAGGAUAAUUCAGGCCUGUGUUUCUGCCACUUACCUCAUCCACGACACAGCAAAAUAUUGUUGAACCAACGGACGUCAAAGUCAAGCUCUUAUCAUAGAGGCGUUCAGGCCAGCGACCUCCCUGACGCAUCCUCGUAUAUUGAGCUCAUCCAACAGCAUUCCAUACCUGACGUUCCCGAAGUGAGCGUGGAGGACGUUGACGAUGAACAGUGCUCCCCAAAAACAAAGCAGAAGCCACAGAACCGCACCCAGUUAUACUCGUUCACGACAUGUGCCAGCACCUCCAUGAUCAACGAGAUCACCGAAUCAAGCAGCAGAAAAGAGACAGGAGGAUUUGGUCUUUUCCGGUCCCCUCCCUUACCUCCGACUGGAGAGAAUGGUCGUAGGCCAAAGCAGCUUGCCAUCCCUCCGAGUGACUACCAGCUAUACGGAGUCAAAGCAUUGACAAAGAACAAGCCGAAGAAGAAGAAGUCUAGCCUGUUCUAUCUCAACAAGCUGAUUCCCAAGGUCAUAAGACGACAUGCCAGCGAGCCACAAAUCCAAUCGUUGAACACCCCCCGGACUGCACCACCAUGCCCCGGGGAAGGUAACAGGCGAGAAGAGUGGUUUGGGUUGGGAAGGAAUGGCAACGCAUGGCGGUCGACUGUCGAAUUUUCUAGGGAAGCAUUUGGUUCUAGCUCGAACAAGCUGGCCGAGCAAAGAAGAAAGGAGGAGUUGAAGAGUAAGAUUGUGAUGGUUGGUCCGACUCCUCAUUGGUUGUAA